UGGACCAUAGCACCCGGGGUUGUGCUGGAAUCUCACCAUCCCUUCUACAGCGGACGGCUCAAUGUGUCCGACCUGGAUCUGCUCCGGAAAGGGGAGGCCACGCUGACCCUGUCGGAGUUGGAGCAGCGGGACUCUGGUCUCUAUCGGUGUCAGAUCAGCAUCCACCAGGGAGAGAGCGGGACAGGAGCGGGCACCGAGCUGCAGGUGAUGGGGAGAAACCAGAGUGACACAGGGUUUCCAGGAGGACGUGAGCUCUGUCGGGCUUCGGGGCCCCUCUUUUACCGAGCCGUCAUCUCCCUUUUGCUCGUCGUUCUCUUCUCCCUGGGAAUCAUCCUCCGCCUGCGGCCUUGGAGCGGUACCGGCUCCACGCGGGUUCUGCCUUCACUUCCUGUCCCAAAUGGUUCCAUGGCAUCACUGUGUGGGCUGGUAAGCAGCCUUUGCCCCACCCCAGAUCCAGCUGCAUCUCAGCACCGGGCAAGGGGUCCCUGUAUAAACAGCCCCAGCGUUCUACCCCAGAGGUGGCUGCAUUUCAUCGCUGGUGGAAUCAGUCUCUCUCUGGUAUUGAUUGGGCUCCAUCCCCGUCGUGUUUCCCCCCAGUCUGCUCAGUGACGCUCCCGUUCUGUUUCCCAGGCAUCCCCGUGGAUCCCACGGUGCGUGCUGGCUCCAAGCCGCCCCCGGCACAGGGGCGGGUGACGCUGCUUUAGCUGCUUACGGGGGCUGGUCACCGGCAGAAUUUUCCCAGCUCUUGGGGCACAAGCCGUCAGACUUCACUGGACUCUGAGCCACCUGCCGGGGGCUCCUGCGGGGCCUGGGCGUCUCCGUUCUCCUCUGCUUCUGUCUGUGGGUCGAUCGGCCCAGGGCACCCAGGGAAGGGGCCAUGCAGCAGCGAUGGGUGCCUGGGAGCUUUGUCGUCCCCUAGUGGCUACUGCCAUUAUAGUUCUCCUUGGUACAGGAAAUGGCCUGUGGCUCUGGGCGUCGGGCUCCUGGGUGUGGGUGGGUCUGGGGAGGGGAAUGUGCGCCCUGCAGGGCUCCUGGUGUGAUCCCAGCUGGGGUCAAUCGGCCGUAGCUCCGCUGGAAUAAACUCAAAAAGACCUAUUUACACCCGCUGUGGAUCUGUCCUGUAUGUCUUGGGUAUGCCAAUAACGUGAAAGAAAAGUAUUUCUCAAGAUUAAUUCCUUGUGGGACAAUAUUUUUCCAUUUACAAAUGAAAAUUAAAUGCUGUAAAGGAGUCAGCCAUAAGAGAAAACAAAAUUCUAAAGAAAACAUUUCCGUAUAAAGCAGAUAAAGACUGUCCGGAGCAUGUUUGGUUUUUUAGAAGGAAUACGCCGAUGGGAAGAGAUAUGUGUUGCAAAAAAUAAAUAUACCUCAUGGUGUGAAAAUAAAAGAUAUUCAGCAAAAAUUCCUUUCUGUAAAAUAAUGUUAUUCCUCAUGACAAAAUAUCCCAGAGAGGGUAAGGAGCAUCACCCAAGAUGAGAGAAUGAACUGAGGACUGAACCCAGGAGUCCUGGCUCGCAGCCCCCAUCUCCCUGUGCUCUAACCACUAGACCCCACUCCCCUCCCAGCAUGGGCCAGAGGAAUGCAAACCCCCACAGCAUCCAGCUCUCGUCCCCAGCCUCUUGCUGCAGCCAUCUCAGAAGCUCAGGCCACAAAACUUUCCACCGGCCCCCCCCGAGGUGACAUUUCCGGAGGAUGCUGGGGCUGAGCUGAGCUGGGCUGCGGAGCU